AUGGCGCCAGGCCUCAUCAUCGACAACACCCCCGACCUCGACUUCACCCCCUUCCCCACCAAAUCCCUCCCCCCCAAGCUUGGACCCACCACCACACAGCAACGAACCCUCCUCCUCGCGGCGCCGUCCCUCGCCUCCAACGAAGCCUCCCUCCGCGCCGCCAUAGCGGGCCACGACCGCUCCACCUCCGACCUGCACAUGCUCGACCGGCUCUCGGCGGGGCUCGUCAACCUACCCGCGUCAACCUACGAUCUCGUGCUCGUGCUGUCCGACGAUGCGUCGCUUCUGGACCGCGGGGUGCUCACGAGGGUGCAUGAUGCGCUGAAGGCGGGGGGUAAGGUGAGGGCGAGGGAUGGGGUUGAGAUUGGCGGGGAGGCGGAGAAGGAGUUUGUUUUGGCGGGGUUGGUGAGGAGUUCGGGGGAGAAUGGGUUUGAGAAGCCUGAUUAUGGGAGUGAGGCGGUUGUGCCGCUGAGGUUGAGGAGGAAGAAGAAGCCCGUUGUCGUGGAGAAGGUGGAGGAGGUCAAGAAGGUGCCUAGCGGGGUUGGAUUUGUGAAUCUCGAUGACCUGGACGGGGACGAUGAUGAUUUGAUUGACGAGGAUACCCUCCUCACGGACCAAGACCUCAAGCGACCUCUCAACAUCCCCGCCGAAUGCCUCCCCAAAGUUGGCAAACGCCGCCGCGCCUGCAAAGACUGCUCCUGCGGCCUCGCCGAACGCCUCGCAGCCGAAGAAGCCGACCGCCAAGCCGCCGCCGACGCCAAGCUCCGCGAACAAGUCGUCAAGCUGGGCGUCAACGACCUCGCCGAGGUCGACUUCACCGUCCAGGGCAAGGUCGGGUCCUGCGGGAACUGCUCCCUCGGCGACGCGUUUAGGUGUGAUGGCUGUCCUUAUAUUGGGUUGCCGCCUUUUAAGCCUGGGGAGGAGGUUAGGAUAUUGAAUGAUGUUGUGCAGUUGUGA